AGUUGGCCAUUGUUGCUCGUCACAGAACGAUAUGUUUCUACAGGAGAUGGGCUUAUUGCCGUGACGUGCGAACGAGACACUAGGAUAAUGAGCGACCAAGGAUUCAAAUGGGUAGCACUGCUCGAAGCUCUCAUCACUUACCUUUGUCCAUUUCUCUGUACAAUCAGUGCCGAUGCGUUGGUUCUUUGUUGGGGACAAAAAAGCAAUAAGUUUACUGUAAUGUCAAGUGACUCCGUCUGUAAGCACGACCUAUUGCAUGAACCAAUGGAUGGAUUGAAGAUACAGUCUAGGGAAAGCAUUCGGGUAAGAUGUUUAUUCAACUUUAUUCUUGCAGCAAUUUAUUGA